AUAUGAUGUGAAUAUAUAUAUACUACUCUAAGGAGCCUAUUCACAAUGGUUAAUAUACUUGAGAAACUAUUUGGCUCUUUUGUCUCUGCCAUCACUAGUUAUUGUUUUUUACACUAUCAUCAUCAUCAUCCUACUCCUCAUCACCAAGGCAAUCAUAAACGCAUCAACAAACACAACAUGACUAAGGCUCGGCCCUUUUCUUUACAGACGGUGGAACUCAAAGUAAGGAUGUGUUGCACUGGCUGCGAAAGAGUUGUCAAAGAUGCUGUCUUCAAGCUUAGAGGGGUGGAGUCGGUGGAGGUUGAGUUGGAGAUGGAGAAGGUGACAGUGGUAGGAUAUGUGGAACGAAAUAAGGUACUAAAGGCAGUGAGAAGGGGAGGAAAGAAGGCAGAAUUCUGGCCAUAUCCAAACCCACCCCUCUACUUCACAUCCUCAAACAAUUACUACAAAGAUAUGACGGCUGAGUACAAGGAGAGCUACAACUACUGGAGGCAUGGCUAUAAUGUUGCUGAAAAGCACGGCAAUCUUCCUGUUACUCAUCGAGGUGAUGAUAAAGUCAGCAACUUGUUUAACGAUGACAACGUCAAUGCUUGCUGCCUCAUGUGACCAUCCCCGCCCUGUAAAUAUAUAUAUAUAUACCUUUAUUUUAGGAUACUAAUCAAUUUCUAGCUAUAAAUGUGUAAUGUACUGCCACUCUCUCUAGCUACUUAAUUAAAGUAUGCACGUGCUUAUACUUUU